AAGUUUCCCCUUAUCAAGCUAUUGUCACUACACAGAAAACGCAAGUUUCUUAAUAGUUAAAAUUUCCAUACUAGAGCUUAGCUUAAAUUGUGUUGUGUGUGUUGAAAAUCAAGCGAUAGCAACGAUGUGCGUUGGGCGCUUGCAAACAGUGCGCGGGUGUAAAAGACGUGCCAUGUAAAAGCCUGAGAGGGACACAAACGUAUCAAACAAAACCGACAUCCAACAAUAACGGGGCGGCGGCAACAAUAACAACAACAACCACGUCUUUUCCGCUACUGCUGCUCUAGGGCUUUGUCUUGUGACGAAAGCAAAACUCGAAACAUUUCUUCAAACACACAGCCAACACAAAAUUUAUGUGCAGGAUGUGCCGCCUCGACAUACGCCGCUUCUGCGAAGAGUGGCGCAUCUGGAUACGUCCGCUGUUGAUCAUCACCUAUGCGAUAUUUGCGAUCAUUGUGGUGCCCCUGCUGAUUGUGAACUCGGUGAAGGAUGGCUUCCAACAAAAUGACCAGCUUAUACUCAUCGGCGGUCUGUUCGUUCUUUCCGCGGUGCCCAUUUCCAUUUGGCACAUCAUACAACACGUCAUACAUUUCACAAAGCCCAUUCUACAAAAGCACAUAAUACGAAUACUGUGGAUGGUGCCCAUCUACGCUUUGAAUGCGUGGCUCGGCCUGCUCUUUCCCAAGCAUUCCAUCUACGUUGACUCGCUGCGAGAGUGCUAUGAGGCAUACGUAAUCUACAAUUUCAUGGUUUAUUUGUUGAACUACUUGAAUCUCGGCAUGGACCUGGAGGCGACGAUGGAGUACAAGCCGCAAGUCCAUCAUUUCUUUCCGCUCUGCUGCAUGCGACCCUGGGUCAUGGGUCGCGAGUUCAUCCACAAUUGCAAGCACGGCAUAUUGCAGUACACUGUGGUGCGGCCCAUCACGACAUUCAUCUCGGUCAUUUGCGAACUGUGCGGCGUUUAUGGCGAGGGCGAGUUUGCCGGAAAUGUAGCCUUCCCCUAUAUUGUGGUCAUUAACAAUAUCUCACAGUUUGUGGCCAUGUACUGCCUGGUGCUUUUCUAUCGGGCGAACAAAGAGGACUUAAAGCCGAUGAAGCCCAUACCAAAAUUUUUGUGUAUUAAGGCUGUUGUGUUCUUUUCGUUUUUCCAAGGAGUGCUGCUCAAUGCGCUGGUAUACUACGGGAUUAUAAAGGGCAUCUUUGGUGAUGUUGGUGAUGCAAAUCUAGCGUCUAUGCUGCAAAACUUUCUUAUAUGCAUAGAGAUGUUUAUUGCUGCCGUGGCUCACAUUUACAGCUUUCCGCAUCAUCCAUUCCACAUUAAUUCACCACAGUAUUGGAACAAUCCAAAUCACAGCUGGUGUCGAGCCUUCCUCUCUAUGAUGGACAUCUCGGACAUGCAGGAGGAUGUUACUGAGCACUUGGGCGUGGUCAGCAGCUCAAUUAGUCGCCGUUUUCAGGGUCGCAGUACAUACCAGCCGCUGGCGCGGGGUCCACGCCGUUCUAGCAGCGAGUCCGAGUACUUAAUUGGCAAGCGGCAGGAACAGCCGAUGUUGGGGGGUAACGUCGCACAAGCAGCAGGCACCGAUGUGGCUGAUGAUAAUAGCAAUAUCAACAAUUACCAACAACAACAACUGCAUUUGCCGGGCUCCAAUCUGAAACUGUCGGCGCGCCAACGCGAUACAAACCAGCAUCUGCGCGAACGGGAUCAGCAGCAUUUUCUCGGUGGCGUUGGGCCGCCACAAGCCGGUGGCAGCAGUUUCCUGCAAGCGCGUACUGCUGCUUCCGCAGCGGCCCCGAUACCAGAGUCCAACGAUGAUUAUGCACUGCUGCUGGGCGCGGGCAGAUGACAACGCUAUCAGCAUCAGCACAUUGAUGUGCUCGAGGAUGGGGACGAUGUAGAAGUUAGUCAAAAUUUGAAUGCCUCAUCGCUGAGUGCAUCGCUGUCCGUUUCAUUUGGCAUGUCAAGCAGCUUAAAAUUCAGCGCCACGUGCAGCAACCAAACUGCAUCCGAGUGGUCCAACUCAACGGGCGGGGAUGAUGACAACGAUGACGACGACGACGACGAUGACGACGAUGAGGACGAUGACGAUGACGAUGAUAUAGUAGAGAAUGGAGAGAAUGUUGAACAGAUGCCGAUUGUGGUUGUGGCAUCGACGACGCGACGUCGACGAGACAGAGAGUACAUCACCUAGACCCAUUUAAAAUUGAAGCAGCUCUAUUUAUUCUGUUUAUAUAGCUUAUCAGUUAUUUCGAUGCCUCACUCAAUUAUUAUUUGGUCACUCGAUUGGCAAACAUAAAUUCCUUUGUAAUUAAGCUUAAUACUCACAUAUAGCUUACUCUUCUGGCAACCCAAUCAAAUUGGGAAAUUCUAAAUUGCGUGGCCUUAGUUUUGAAUGCGAAAGCAACAACUGAUUUUAUAAAAUAGCUGCAUAUAUAAUCGAUUUAGAGAUUCAUUCAAUUCCAACGAAUCUUCAUUAAACAUAUGUAAAUCUAUAUGCAAAGGGAAGCGAUAGUUUUUUUUAAACAUAUAUAUAUAUAUUUAGAGAUUAGGCUCGAACGUUUUAUACAUUCAACUUCAAAAUCAUAGGCAAUUAUAAAUUCUACGAAAAUUAUACACUUAUACAAAUAUACAAAUGCAGAUAGUUAUACACGACGCUAUGGUGACUGUCAGUAGUUUGUACUUUUAUUAGGCUAGUAAAACCCCGAACUCCCUAUUUGUACUCGUAUGUUGCUUAGUAGAUAAAUUGAUACAUACCCUUAAAGCAAAAGAUUGUGAAUGAAGUGACUGCCGGUCAGAAAAGGGCGUAACUUAUAUUGAAAACAUAUAUUGUAUAUUAAUUUAUGUAAUUCUCAAUAAUAUAAUUAUGCAAAUUCUUAAA